GUUCAACCAAACUGUCCCGUGUCCAUAAAUUUGUCAUUAUCUUUGCCAAUCAACUAGGUAUAACAAUUAUAUAUGUGUCCGAGCCUCCCAUGUAAUUGGUGCGAUAAAAGCAAUUAUGUAAGAAUAGCAGCACAACAAAUAAGACGCUACUCAUUACCUUGAAAUGAUCAGAAGUUCACGGCUGGGUGGAAUGACCAAAGUGCGACGACCGACGUCGAUGGAGGCUGAGGCUGUUUGGCUGUCGGCUGGGCUACGGCGAGUCGGCGACGGGGAAUCGCAGCAGAGUAGUCUCCGAACAGAGCAGGCUGGCUGGGCUACGGAGAUUCAGAUUGCCGCGACGUUUGGAGAGUUGAGCUGCUGGCUGCGCGGAUUCGACUGUCAAGGACAGAGGUCAGACUCUGAGAGGACUAGAGGAGAUGAUGAAUCGAGGAGAGUUGAGUUGUUGGCUGCGCGGUGCGCCUGCCUGUCGAGUGUCGAGGAGAGCUGUCGACAAGGGAAUUAGGGGAAAGGCCGAAAGGGUUCUGAGAAACUUGGCUGUGGCUGGGCUGGGUACGGAUGGCAAUUUUGACCUGACCCGUGUUACCCGACCUGUUUGACCUGUUUCGGGGCAGGUCCGACCCGCCCCGUAGGCGGGGCGGGGCGGGCAUGGGUAGUCUCAUCGACCCGACCUGUCCUGACCCGCCCCAUUCUCGACCCGUUCUUGUCUAAUUUACAUGUAAUCUUAGUCAAAUUACUUAGGAUUUUCCUUUUAUUGCAUCAUAUUUUAGCUAUAAGAAAGUUGUAAAUUAGUCUAAACCUCAAUUUCUGCAAUAAUAUAACUGCAAUUGUCAU